UGCAUUAAAUUGGGGCAAGACUGGGGGAUCUCGCGGGCGAUUCAUUGAACAGAAAGCUGUCCAAUACACGACAGUUUAAGACGCAAUUCCUAAAUGCAUGGCGGGGAAGGAGCGCGUCUUAUAGUAAAGAAGACGUUAUGAAUUUUCAUUAAUAAAUCUAAUUUGCUAAUCACUAGUACAAGAUAAAUUAUCUAUGUAGAGAUUUGAAGCCAAGGACUCCGUAGCCAUUCAAGAAUUUGCAGAUUACGGCCUUCAGCCAGAACUUUAAGUCAAUUCCUUGAUUUUAAAUGAUAACGUAACUGUCAUAUUUCACAUUCAAGAGUAAAAUAGAUUUAGUGAUAUCCGUAAUGUCGAAAUAAACGAUGAUUCCCGCCUGAAUUACAAGGAUUCUGUAGUUCACGCAGGAAAGCGUAAGUUUCUUUUGAAGAAGGGCGAAGCAACGCUUCAUUCCUGCCCAGACUCUGAACCGUGUAAGUACCGUGAAAUUUGUGUGUCUCUCAAUUCUCCGACUCCCAGCCAUCGCCAUGCUAGGUCGAAUUCCGUCGUAACAAUUGAAGUAUGUGCCCAGCAAACAGAAUCCUGCUGAUGUCUUGUCUAGGGGCGCAACAAUCCAGCAAUUGCAGCAGAAUCCUCUUUGGCGCCAGGGUCCAGAGUUCUUGGGAAUCCCAGGAGAGCCUGGGUUCUUCAAAGAGGAAGAUCUAACAAAUAUCAGAACCGUGGUAGCGGCGGUGCAGGAACUGAGGGAAGAAACAAGGUCUAUUCCCCCAGGAGGGAUAUGGGAACUACUACUCAGGGAGGUUGAGUUCCGAAUUUUGAUUAGAGUAACCAGAUUAGUGUUAAAGUUUGCAAAAGUGAAAAGGGAUCCUUUUCGAGUUCUUGUCUUAUUAGAACAAAAAUUCUAUUUACCUACUGUGUAUGCAUAUUUGGAGGGUGAGGUCAGACCCCCUCGUGAGAUAUUGAAUUUUGUGAGGCAAUUAAGUCUAAUAAUAGUAGACAAAUUGAUUUGCACUAGGGGACGAGUGUCCCAAAUUGAAGAGAUGAAACAUUCAAUUCUUUUGCCUGCUAAGGGACACUUAUUCAGAGCAUACUUAAAGUAUUUGCAUUGUUUGCACCUCCAUUGUAAUGCCAAUAUGCUAAUGGCGAUUUUUCGACAGAAAUGCUGGACGCCGGGCUUGAGGUCAAUUGCUAAGCAAGUUGAACGAAAGUGUCCAGAAUGCGUGCUAGCAUUCCAACCGCUGAUGAGACAACCACCACCACCCCCCCUGCCGAAGGAAAGGAUCACAUUGCAGAAACCAUUUGCCGCAGUCGGCGUGGACCACACCGCAGCCAUACAAACCGAAACGCGACCAGGCUAUAUCCUCCUCGUGACAUGCAUGGCCACCAGGGCCGUGUAUUUAGAUUUCUGCCCCUCCUUGGAUGCGGAGGAAUUUGUUCUAGCUCUUUGAAGAUUCAGUGCUACGCAUGGAGCCCCGACCAUAAUCACUUCUGAUACCCACCAAACGUUCAAGAUGGCCAGCAACCUCCUUCAGGGACUUUAUGAAGAGGAUGAAGUCCAGCAGUUCCUGAGGAGGACUGGCGUAGAAUGGCGAUUUCAAACACCCCGUGCGCCGUGGAAAGGGGGUUUUUUCGAGCGUCUGAUUGGUGUCACAAACCGUGCCCUUCAGAUAGCCCUCGGGAGAAAGUAUCUCCCGGAGGCCCACGUAUUAACUCUAGUGAAAGAGGCGGAGGCGGUAGUGAAUAAUAGGCCGUUGAUGUAUAGCGGUGACAAGUGCGAGGACGAGGUCCUCACCCCUCUCAUUUAGUGCGAGGUCACUUAAUUAACUUAAUGGCACCUGUUUUGCCAGAUGAAGACCUUAAUGCUACCUUCACCUCCCAGAGGCUACGAGAUCGAUAUCUUAAACUAACAGACACUUUGAAAGACUUCCGGGAGAGGUGGAGGAAGGAGUACCUGAGUGCCCUAAGAACCCGACACGAUUGUCAGUCUGGGGAACCCACCAAGCUGCACCCCGGAGACAUCGUGUUAGUAAAGCAAGAAAAUCAAAAGCGGGCAACGUGGCCCCUUGGAUGCGUCGUGGAGACAUACCCGGACGACGAUGGCGUUGUGCGUUCGGCCAAGGUAUUGUUCGAAGAUGUUGAGUCCCUGCGUGCUGUCAGCCACUUGGUUCCCCUGGAACUUGCCCCCUCAGAUGACGAUGAUGGCGUUGGAGACGAACGGCGUGACGAUGUUGAUGGUGCGACGGAGGAGAUGGUGCGUGACGAAGACUGCAACGAAGAGGUCCGAGACGAGGGAGCGUACAGCCCAGCAGUAGGUGUUCCAGGAAAUGUUGUGACGUCUGGGGACGACCAAGGGAUGGCACUGGCUGCAACAUCCGAACAACCAGCCACAAAGGUCUUGAGUGACAAAGACGCUGACGAUAUUGGUGACGAAUCGAGCGAUACCAAUACCGUAAGUGAGAGUGCUGAAGUGAAUGAUACUGAGGUAUCGAGUGGUAGUGACGUUGACGUUCAGUUAGGCAGACCAAGACGUUCUGCACGCCCUUUGAGAAAGGCUGCUGCUAAGCAGCGCGAGUUGAUGAAGCGCUUAAUGGAAAGCGAGUAUAUAUAAGUUAUAGCUAGAAACAGUGAAAGAAAACAGGAAGGUCCCUUAUUCUGGUAGGCAAGGAGGGUGGACCCAAGUAAGUGUAGGUGAGUUGAAUCCUCAGAGGAUGGAAGUGCGUCGGGUUAGCGCAAGGAAGUGGGAGCACCCUCUUGUGCAAACAAGUCGAGCGUUGUGCAGAGGUAGCCCCCACCCUCAAAGUAAAUUACGAAAAAUGUAUAUGAGUUCUUGUAGAGAAGUGAAAGUGUUUUGAGGGCAUGUGUCCCGUGAAAGAGUACAUACUGAAUCAGUUGUAAUCUGUUUCCUUAAAGGCAAAUGGCCUGUCUAUCUAAUUAAUGCUUGUUGAUUAUUGAAGGCGAGCAGCCUAGAAUAACAUGCGUGUUGCAUGAAGAUUAUUGAAGAUGAAGAGCUUAAUAUAGAAGUUUCUCUUGCAUGCUGUAUUGCAUUUUGAGGCGAGUGCCUAAAGUCUAUGCUUGUUGCAAACAAAGUUGUACAUACAUGA